UUAUUUGUUACUGAAAAUAAUAAAAUGCAUUUGUGAUUUGAUCAAUGUUAUUUUAGGUAAAUUAAUUUUUCAAUUAUAAGAGUGUAAAUUAACAAAUUGUUUACGUAAAGUAGUCAACAUGGGAAGACGAUCAAUAAACACCACUAAGAGUGGUAAAUAUAUGAAUCCCACUGAUCAAGCACGGAAGGAAGCUAGAAAAAAAGAGUUAAAGAAAAAUAAAAAACAGCGUAUGAUCGUCAGAACUGCUGUACUUAAAGGAAAAGAUCCACUGCAAAUUUUGGCUGAAAUGGAAAAAAUUGACCAGAUGGAAUACAAUGUUGUACAGCCAUCUCCGCUUAAUGAAAAGGUAUUAAGAGAAAAAAGGAGAAAACUUAAAGAAACUUUUGACAGAGUCAUGAAAAUGUAUGUAAAAGAUGAACUUGAUAAAUAUCAUGAAAUUAAACGAGCUGAAUCUGAAUAUGAAAAACGUCGUUUUAAGUUAAUAUCAUAUUUUGAUGCUGUAAAAACAGCUCAACAAGUAUCAGUUGAUGAAAUUCCAUUACCUGUUAUGACUUCUAAUAUUCCACUACCUGCUUCUGAUACAGGAUAUAACUCUAAUGAAUCACCAAUAGGAAUAUUGAAAAAGCCUCCUUUAUAUACUAGUCCACCUCUAUCACCUAUAUCUGGUACAAAAAAAAGACCACCUGGAGUACCUCCAGGAGUACCACCUACAUUAACAGAUGAAGAAAAAGAUGAUGAUGAUGAUGAUGAUGAAGAUGGUUCUAGCGAUGGUGAAACUGCUCCAAAACGUUUGCGAACAUUACGAUUUGCUGAAACAGAUGAUUCUGGGAAAGAAAAUAAAACAACUGAUGAUAUAGAAAUGUUUAUGAGAGAAAUUGAUGAGGUUCAAAAAAGAAGUUCCUCAGGAAAACCAGAUUCUAAUGAAAUUCCUUUACCUUUACCAGCUCCAUCAGGACAUUUGCCCCCUGGUUUACCUCCAAGUUUGCCAGUUGGUGUUCCUCCUCCUAUGCCAUAUCGUGGACCAGCUGGUAGAAUGCCUCCAGGUCCACCACCAGGUCGACCACCAAUGCUACCUCCUGGACCUCCACCUGGUUUACCACCUCGUAUGCAUGUACGAUUACCUCCAGGACCUCCUCCUGGUAUGCCACCAAGAAUGAUGAGAUAUAAUUCUGGUAUGCAUAACAAUAUGAAUACCGCAACUGCAACUGCUACUGCUGCAGUUACUGCUGCUGCUGCUGCUGCUGUUACACCAAAUAUUGUGAGUGCGGAACCUCAACUUAUUAAUCGCGAUGAACCUCAACAUACUGGUUCAACAAUUGAAGCAAAACCAAAAAUGAGAAAUCUGGCAGCUGAUAUCACACGAUUCUUACCAACAUCUAUUCGAGUUAAGAGAGAUGAUGGUAAGCCAAAUAAGCGUGACAAUGCUUGGGAACAACAUAAAGCAGCAGAAUACAAAUCUAAUAUUGCUGCCAAUAAUCAACAAGCCGGACAACAAACUAAAGAUGAUGCAUAUAUGCAAUUUAUGCAAGAAAUGGAAGGGCUCCUUUAAUAUAUUUUAGUAUAAUUUUUUUAAUGAGUUAACGAUUUACAUAAAUAUAAACUAGUACUUUUUCAUG